UGAUUUGAAUCUGUUUCUGUUUCAUUUUUGGUUUCACUAAUAAUAAAUAAUGCCAUCACGAUUGGAUAAUAAUGGUACGGAUGUUGUACCAUUAAUGCCAUCAUUACAACGAUUACAACGUGAAUUAGCUGAUUCAAUAAUACGUCAAGCACCAUUGGAUGAGAUACGAAUAUUGUUGGCCUGUGGAGCUAAAGUAAAUGAACCAGUUACACAAGGUUUACGCCCGCUCCAUUACGCCACCUAUCAACGAUAUGAGAAAGCUGUAAAUCUUUUAUUGGUUCGUGGUUGUGAUGUUGAUGCUAUGGAUGAUGUUGGUUAUACUGCAUUACAUUUAUCAGCUGAACGUGGUUAUAAUGAAUUAAUGAAUCUAUUGAUUGAACAUGGUGCACGUGUUAAAUUCACUGAACUACGUCCUGAUGAUAAGGCUUUGGGCAAUCCACCACGUGCAACAGUUGCUGAUGAACCAUUACGUUUAGCAAUUAAAAAUGGCCAUCUAGAAUGUGCUGAAAUAUUGCUCAAAAAUGGUGCUGAUCCAAAUGCAAGAUAUUUUCUUGGAUCAGAAAUCAAUCUAAUUUCACCAUUAAAUGUAAUGUGUUUGGAAAUGUUACUUAAAUAUGGUGCCAUACCAGAUUCACGUGAUCGUUCCGGUUUAACACCAUUGAUGAAAGCAUGUCGUCAUCCACAAGGUUAUGCUGCAGCCAAAAUUCUUAUCUAUCAUGGUGCAGAUGUUAAUGCUAUUACAUCAGAACGACAUGAUUAUCGAAGUGUAUUACAUUAUGCCGUAUUGAGUAAUAAUAUUGAUAUUGUACGUUUAUUAUUACAUCAUGGUGCCAAUGCACGUUAUAUAUUUCCAACGGCUACGGCACAAAAACCAACACCAUUGGAUUUUGCAUUGCUUAGUGGUAAUGUUGAAAUGGUUAAAUUAUUAAUCGAUGCCGGUGCUGAUGUAAAUGUUGGCUCACCAAUUAUUGGACGUCCAUUACAUAUUGUACUAUCAGAAAAAGCUCCAAACAAAGCCGAAUUAAUUGAUCUAUUAUUGGAAGCUGGUGCCGAUCCGAAUGCAAUCACAAAUGAUGCACGUGGUCCAUUGUUGAAACCACCAAUUGGUGAAUAUUUCAAUGCUACUGAACGGCCACAAGCAUUUAUUGUAAGAAAAUUAUUAAAAUAUGGUGCCAAAAUUGUCAUCAAAGCUCAAGUACAUGAUCAAAUUGGCAUACUUAAAGUGGUGAAUCGUUUAGAUCUUGAACGUGAUAAAGAAGUGAUUAAUCUAGUACUAGAAGCAGCCGAUGCAUUCAAUGUUGCCGGUAUUAAACGUUGUUCAUUAUUAAAUGAACGUCUUCGUGAAAGAAUCUUGCAAUCGGCAACAAGACCACAACCAUUAUUACAUCUAUGUCGGCAAUAUAUUCGUCGUGUUUUGUAUGAAAUAUCCAUACAAGCACAAGCAAAUAUGAUACAAAAAGCACGUUCCAUUCAAUGUCCAUUGUAUGUGAAUCGUACGAUUAGUGAAAACGAUGAAUUGAAUGAAAUUGAAUCACAAAGAUUAGAUCGUAUGACAAUGGAUGAAAUUGAUGAUGCAUUUAUAAUUGGUGGUAAUGGUGAUCCAGAACGGUUGAAAUUAUUAACCAUUUUAUUACGACGUACAUCGAUAAAACCAUCACCAGCAUCACAAUUGGCCGGUACACAGGUGAUUGAACGUAUUGAAAAUCUAUUAUUACCAGACAUAUUGAAAAGAUAUCUAAAUUUUGAGAUCUCAUUCACCAGUAUACAUGAAUUGAUGGCUGCUUGUUAACAACAACCACCACCACCAUAACAACAAUAAAUGGUCAACAACAACAACAACAAAAAAAUUUUUUUUUUCACU